GGGGUGUCUCACAGCGGAGAGGCAGGCAGGCAGUGGCGGCGUCGCAGCGCUACAACCAGAGCGGCUCUCGGGCUUUGUUUUGUGGAUGUGAAUGAGCUCCAUCACCUCCUCCAGAAAUGUGGACGGAUAUAAGGACAUUGCUACUUUUUCAUUUGUUAGUCCUGAAGCUUCAUCUAUCGGGAGCAACGGAUGAGUGUGAGGAUGGACAGUUCCAGUGUAACAACAAAAGGUGUAUCCCGACCAUCUGGAGGUGCGACGACGAUGACGACUGCUCAGACAACAGUGAUGAAGAAAACUGUCCCAGGAAAACCUGUGCCCCUACAGAGUUCGCCUGUUUAAAUGGCCAGUGUGUCCCGGGACGCUGGCGCUGCGAUGGUGAACCAGAGUGUCCCGACGGCUCUGAUGAGGCAGAGGAGACCUGCAGCAAACAGACGUGCCCUCCGGAGAAAUUUGACUGUGGUGGAUCCACCAACAAGUGUGUCUCGUUGUCAUGGAGAUGUGAUGGGGAGAAGGACUGCGAGAACGGGGCGGAUGAGGAGGACUGUGCUUCUGAUGCCAAGGCCUGUCCCAGUGGUGAGUUCAUGUGUGCCAACCGGAAGUGCUUGGCCACCGUCUACGUGUGCGACGGUGACGAUGACUGCGGAGAUGGCAGCGACGAGCUCAAGUGCACCUCCCCUCUCACCUGCGGGCCCAACCACCUCCGCUGUAACACCUCGGAGUGCAUUCCGCUCAUGUGGAGCUGCGACGGAGACCCCGACUGCUCUGACAGUUCAGACGAGGGUCCGGAGCGCUGUGGUGGGGAUGGGGCCCCGUACCCGCCGAACCGCAGGGCAAACUGCACCAUUGGAGAGUUUCGCUGCGCCAAUGGGGAGUGUGUGCGACUGACUUGGAAAUGUGAUGGAGAUCCAGACUGCAAGGACAAGUCUGACGAGUCUGACUGCCCCCUGUUGACGUGUCGUCCUGAUGAGUUCCAAUGUGGCGACGGUUCCUGCAUCCACGGCACCAAGCAGUGUAACAAGGUCCACGACUGUCUCGACCACAGUGAUGAAUCUGGCUGUGUCAACGCCACCAAAUGUGAGGGACCACUGAAGUUUCUGUGUAAGAACGGAGAGUGUAUCGAUAGUUCCAAGGUGUGUGACUCUGUCAAGGACUGCAAGGACCGAUCAGAUGAGCCCAAGAAAGAGUGUGGGCUGAAUGAGUGUAUGAUUAACAAUGGCGGCUGCUCUCAUGUCUGCAUGGACCGACCAAUCGGCUUUGAGUGUCAGUGCCCCACCGGCUACCAGCUGCUGGACAAAAAGACUUGUGGAGACAUUGAUGAGUGUGAGAACCCUGACGCUUGUAGCCAGAUCUGCAUCAACUACAAGGGGGACUUUAAGUGUGAAUGCUAUGAAGGUUAUGAGAUGGACCCUGUCACUAAAACCUGCAAAGCAGAGGGGAAAAGCCCUUACCUUCUGUUCACCAACCGGCACGAGAUCCGACGCAUUGACCUGGUGAAGAGGGAUUACAGCCAGGUGGUGUCCACCCAGAAGAAUGCAGUGGCUCUGGACCUGGAUGUGGCCAACAACCGUGUUUUCUGGUGCGAUCGCUUUCACCGAAAAAUCUACAGUGCCUUCAUCCAUGAGGCCAAUGACCCCUCCCAGCAGGUGCCGUUGGUGGAUUCAUCUCUGCAGACCCCUGUGGGGCUGGCUCUGGAUUGGCUCCAACACAACCUGUACUGGACCGACUCCGGAGACAAAUCCAUCUCCGUGGCCUCGGUGGACGGCACCAAGAGGCAUGUCCUCAUCAACACUGACCUGAGUGAACCCCGGGCCAUAGCGCUGGAUCCCCACCACGGCUUUAUGUACUGGUCUGACUGGGGCACGCAAGCAAAGAUAGAGAAGGCCGGGAUGAAUGGAGUGGACCGACAGGUGCUGGUGGCUGAUAACAUUGAAUGGCCCAAUGGCAUCACUUUAGAUGUAGCAAACAGGCGUCUGUACUGGGUGGACUCUAAGCUGCACCUCAUAGCCAGCGUGGACCUGAACGGAGCUCACCGCAGAACACACAUGUCGUCUGCAGAGAGACUGGGACACCCCUACGCUCUGGCUGUUUUUGAGGAUCGGAUCUACUGGACAGACAGAGACAGGGCAGCAGUCUUCAUGGCCAACAGGCUGACCGGUCAAGACAUCCACACCUUGGCUGAAAACCUAAAUGAUCCCCACGACAUUGUGGUCUUCCACCAACUCCGGCAGCCGCAAGGCCCAGACAGCUGUAAUCUGGGCAGCGUGGCCAAUGGAGGCUGUGAGUACUUGUGUCUUAAGGCUCCACAGAUAACCGAGCAUUCGCCCAAAUACACCUGCGCCUGCCCCGACGGACAGGACCUGGGGCCCGAUAUGAGGGGCUGUGUGCCAGCAGCACCAAGAAGCGACACAACACUGACAUCCACACCUCCCACCAGGCAUACACCUGGCACCAGAGCAACUGUUGCUGAAGACUUCCCUCCGCCGUCGGGGGGAAUAUCGCAGGCGGACGCCACCCCCCAUUUGACCACGGCUCCCUCUGGUGCCCCAGAGCUCCUCACACCUCUCUCCACUCUCAAGCCUGUGUCAUCGCAGGAGUCAAAGGCUUUGGGCUCCCACUCUACAGCCACUGCCAUGGUCAUCUCCACGACGCCUGCAGGGGACAGCAGUGUGUCACAACACUCUGGAGGUGAGCAUUUCCUCAUGGGCGAGAAUUUGACAGUGGCUGUUUUGGGAGUGGUCAUCCCCAUCGUUCCUAUCGUUGCCACAGUGGUGUUUGGCCUGGUCUGUGCCGGAGUCUACCUGGUGUGGCGUAACUGGCGGCGCAACUCCACCAAAAGCAUGAACUUCGACAACCCCGUCUACCGCAAGACCACCGGCGAGGGCGAGGAGGACGAGAUCCACAUCGGGCGGACUGACGGCAUGGGGCACCACGCGCACCAUCACCCGUACCCGCAGGGCGUCAGCAUGGGAGUUGUGGGAGCAGGAGGUGGAACUUGCCCGCAGUUCAUCGCCCUGCCGCUCGGGGGCAGCAUGCCCGACCCGGGGACUCACUGGUACACGGAGCAGCCCAUGCUCUCCACUGCGAAGUGACCCACAGGGGCGACUUCUGGAGAAGAUGGCCGCUCAGGCACACGCACACAUAGUGAGGUCAGGGGUGACUUGGACUGAGUUUGUUGAAGGGACAAACAACAUAUCAUCAAAUGUUACAUGCAACCAUUCACAGCCAUGUACUAUGCCAAUUUCCAUUUGAAAAACACCUGUAUUAAAUGAGACGAACAUGAUCCUUAAUAGAAGUAAUUUCAUACCUUUCCUGUGCUGGAACUGGAUCUAUUUUUUCUCCAGUAAUUGCUGAGAAUUGAUUACAGAAUUAUUAAUGUGUGCUAAUCUGGAAUAUGGAGUCAGACUAGUUCCAGUUUUGACUUGUCUUUUACAUUGAUAGCUGAGUGAGGUGUGUGCUGUGUGUCCUACAUUUUGUGACAGGGCUAGUGAGAGGUUAUGUUUCGUCCUUGAUGUAUUAUUUUGGGCUUUGUGUUAUUCACAAACACUGUUUAGGGAGGAGAAGGAGCUCUGAAAGUGGGGCAGCGCCUGCGUUGAUGGGACAAUCUGUACAGAUUCAUGUUAGAAUCAAUCAUAAAUUAGCCAUUGAUGGAGCUCUCUUGUGUAUUUAACGUUUUCCUGGAUCCGUUUGUUUUUGUGAGAUUUUUUCAUUCUCUGACUGAUUUUAAAGAAAGUUUACCACCCGCAUUUUGUGCUUUCUCUCUGGUUCAGAGGCUGUAGUGUUGAGUUGUUAAGAGUGCAGUUGAACACAGUUGAUUUGGGGGGUUAUGUUUUUAUCUGACCUCCAACACCCCAGAGUUUUGGAGAGUACAGCAAGUUUGCAGACUGGAAAGGAGAAAAUGGACACAUACAGUACUGUCAUUUUCUAUGUGAGCAGAGAGGUUGUGAGUUUAGAAGUGUGAGAAGUGGAUUUUACGCAAGAGUUCUGUCUCUUUUACUGUGACUUUUUUAGAUGUUAAAUGGUUUGGGAGAAGCAAUAGAUUGCAGCUUUUAGUCAGGCCACAGUGUUACAUGUUUGACAAAAAUCCUCGCGUGUUAAGAAUUUUAUUUGAUCACCUGCUUUUGACUGUGACAGAUGUGGACAUGAACACACACGGGGUGCAGUGUUAGCUAACUCAUGUUGUUCUCCAGAGGACGCAGACAAAUGCAUGCUUGCCCUCUUAAAACACAAACAGCAUGCAUAAUUGCUCACCAACUGACAAUGCAGCCAUUCAUUGUUCCCAGCAAGAUACACACACAUUCACAAAAGCGAGCUAGAUUCCAUGCCUGCUCUCCUCCAAUGGCCAAUAUCUGAGCAGACAGUUUUGGAUAGUGCCGUGUGGGUGGGCCCAGCUGGUGGCUGCAUGAUGAGAGCGACCUGCUAUGUGAUGUAACCACAGAAAACAAAAAACAGACUCUGAUGUAAUGAGGUUGAGGCCAACUUGUCCUGUCAGUGAACAUGUUUCAUGCUGGUUUAGUCCCGUCAUUAAUGCUGUUACAUAGACCUUAAAAGUCUAGAAGAGUGUGUGCGCUGGUGUGUGUGUGUGUUCAUUAUUAUGCAUGAGAGUGCUAAUGUUCAUCCCACAGCCAUAUUUGAAACUGUUUUGUAUGCUCUUUGUUGCACAACCCUCUUAGAAUGCCUUCUGUAUUGUGUAUUGCAUGGAAGAAAACAGUGUAUGAAGGUGUGUGGAUACACAGGUGUGUAAGUGCGUGUGUGCAUUGUAUGUGUGUGAGAGUGUAUGACACUGGAGAAGCUCUGAGGGUGCUUUUUGAUUCAUUGAUUUGUAAAUAUGUUUUCAUAAGGUUUUUGAUAAUGUAUUAUACAAUUAUGUAAAAGAAAAGAUGUACAUAAGAUUUUAGAUAAAAGUGUUGACAGGUAUAUUAAUUUAUUUGUAUAAAGGAGAGCACUGCAUUCCCUGAUUGUAAGAAAUUUGAAUUAUCCACCAAAGUGGUUUGUGUUGUUUCUUGCUGUGCAUCAUUUAGCAUCUUUUUUGUGUGCAACUCUUCUUUCUUUGUUAGCCCACGUAAUACAUGGUGUCCCCCUCUCAAAAAGAAACUCCCACAUCUUUGCAAUGCUUCCCCACCUAGGUGUUAAUGAGAUGAUUGAUUUUGUUUAUUUGUGCCUUUGUUUACUUUUUUCAUUUUCCUCUUUUUCAUUAAAAGGACAGGGAUCAGCCAGCUAUUGUACAUGCAAAGAUAUACUGUAAUAAGACCAAACUGGUUCCACUUUUUGAUUUUCUGUAAUGGAUUACUUUUGAAUAUCUCUAUAUAUUGAUAUAUAAAAUCUGACCGAAACGUU